AUGUCCAGUUUGGAUUAUAGCGAGUUGGAUAAGUGGAUGGCUGAUCUGAAUGUUCUACAACAAGAACUGCAGCUUAUUCAGGCACGACGCGAAAAGAACCGCACCUGUCCGUUGAUCAAUGGGCCUGUCGCGCCGAAGGCACAACGAGUGCCUUGGUCAGUAUCGAUCGCAAGUUCCAAACCCAUAUCGGUGAACAAGAGAGCGGAAGGAGGAUCGUGUUUCCGACCUUCACGCAUCGAAUUACCGAAUCAUGUGGAGCAACCGUAUCAGCGGCUGAAACAAUCGCACACCGAACCCCAGUUGUCCACUGUCGCCAAACAGCCUGUGCUUCUCAACGGGACGGUGCCCACCGCAGCUGGCGCCAGAAAUAACAACGGCCCCCAUUCACCCACCUCAGUUCUGAGUACAUAUGCUAUUGAAUCUACGAGGCAACACAGGACAUCACCUCGUUGCCGUGUGGACCCAUCUCUACGAGUUGAACAAACGAAGGAACAGAAGAGUGUGCACUGGUCCAAAGACGUCGUCGCCUUGUCACCGGAGCAGUUUCUACCAUCAAUACGACACCAAACUGCCAUGGGCAAAAGCAGCGUGGAUCAGAUGCGCUCUAAAAUAGAGGCAAACAUUAGGUCUCUUGUGCAUCCCCAUGAUUUAAGCCAAUCAACUCGCUGGGCUACUGGACAAUACACGCUACCAGGAAUGGCACCAACCGAAAGCAAGAUUGCGGUGACCCGAAGUCACAGCAUGAAACCCAGUUCAGCACCUCGUGGAACGAACUCCGAAAGUCCGCAGCCCUCAUUUCCUUUCCCUAUCAACCUGGCCGAUUUGACAAGGAAAACUCUGGAUGGCAAAGUCAAAUGGCGUAAACCUGAUCCGCAACCCACUAGUUCACCAGUUCAGCAUGCUUUGGACGAACCACAUUUGGAGCCUCCUGGCUUGAAAUUGGCUUCACUGACAGAAUAUAGAUAUGUGCCAACAACAAGUAGACCAGUUGGGGAUCAUAUGGUGAAGUCUGGAGCAUCAAACAGUUAUUCGUCAAAUGCUAAUAAAGUUUGUUUUCAACAACGGAACGACCUUUGGUCCCCCGACACUGAGUUGAAGUUAUUACCCAAGGAACCAGAACAGUAUCACAUAUAUGACCGAAAGAAUGGCGCAAUUCAUCCCAGACUAGUGCAUUCAUCCGGUUCAUCCGGAAAGACAAUCCUUCGGGUGUAUCAGCCGGAUCGGACAAUCAAAGCCGUGUCAAUUGAACCGCACACAACAGCAUUCAGCAUCCUCAGAGUGUUACUAGAAAAGAACCUGCUGCGGUGCACUACGAAGUAUGCUUUGGUGGAAAAAAUUCCGUCCCUGAAGUUAGAGCGCUGUUUUGAGGACAGUGAACUCAUGAUGGACUGCUUAAUACAUUGGAAUGUGAGGAGCGAAAACUUAGUCUUUUUCGAGGAGCGUGAAGAUAUGUAUGGAAUGUUCGAGAAUCCUGCAAUGUGGCUAGGAGAAGAGAUUUCAAUAUCGCAACGGUUGGCGGACUCUGCAAAGAAAAAAAACAUUUACCUGACGAACAAAGAGCUCAUGCUCCCCACACACGUUGAACAUCUGUAUGUGAGGACACGGGACGCAGAUUGGAAGCGACGAUAUUGCAUGCUGCGUAAUUCUGGAUUAUACAUCAGCAAGCGUAAUUCAAAAGACCUUUCCUCCUACCGACGUCUUCUUGCGUUCAAACCGUGCUUGCAAUUAUACACAACCACUGGAGGAUGGACAAAGUUGAAGGCCCCAACUCCCUUCGGAUUUACCGUUAGGCCUUAUACAGGUGAUGAAUCGAAUAUCGUGCACUUUUGUGCUUCGACAGAAGCUUCAAUGAGGAUCUGGUAUUGCCUUUUGAGGAUAGCACUCACUGGGUUAGAACUGUUACACAACUACAAUAACCGCGUCAAGGAGUCACUCGCUGGACAGUCUGAUGGUCCGUUCCGGUGUGUCCCAUCGAUCGGUUGCGGUGACGACCGGACUGAGUUCAACCUGCAAGCGCAUUCCUCCUCCUUUCAACCGAAAGCACGAUCUGCAUCACUGAACAGGUUCCAAUCGCUACCUUACGACGUACCGGACCGUAUCUGUAGCUGCACAGACAAUCAUUCGUUAGGGUGGAGCACGACAGGUAGUAGCGUGGAGAUCGGUUGCGUGACCGGCCGUCUGGACGUUCGACUGUGUAGCCGUAGCGCAGAUGAAGUCGUCAAAUCGGAAAAGCAUCGCAACAGCUCAAUGUGUGUCAGUAGUUUGAGCAGUCUCUUCGCCUGUUCACCGGGCUCAGCACGUAUCACUGAAGUUAGUGGUGCAAAAGACAGAGUGAGUUACGAAGCAGUCCACAAAAAGUCACUUAAGCGCCGAAUUUUCCGUACGGGACCAGCAGAAAGACGUUGUCAUCGGUCAGUUGGAAAUAUCAGUGCUCCGUUUGACGUCGGUCUUCCAAGUUGGGUACGAGAACGGAGUGGACAACCGGUUGCAACUCAACCUAUGGAAACUGUAAUGUGA